GACUACUGCACACGUGUUUGUAAAUUUCCUGAACAACAUAAUUUUCUUCGUUCCAGAAUAUUAAUUGAUUAAUAACGGAAGGAAAUAAACAAAAUGUCUUCUGCACGAGAACAACACAAACAACGAAACAAACAAUUUCCUAAAAUCUCAAUCUCCAGGGUUAUCAGGGUUUAUCAAGAAGACCCGAAGUCGAGUGAAAAAUAAAAAAUUAUUCCAGUCGCCCAUUGAUCGUCUCCAUACGCACUCCAGCAACGUGCUGAACAUCAUUGAGUGAAGCAAGGUUUAUGUGGGGUAAUUUCACCUGUAUGCAGGCCCCCGCAACUUGAGAAAGUCGCUCAACGUUGCACAGUGUGAAUAAGACACGUGUGUGUCUUAUUUCCCGUUCAAUUCAGUAGCGAAGUGGUGAAACGAGUCGGUGUCAACUUCACGAUGGCGGUAAACUGGACGUGCCAUGGUGUUCGGUCUGCUCGAUUGGUCGGAAAUGUUUUCAUCAACAGUCUGGAGCCUAUAAAGGGGCCGGUGCUCCAAGGUCACAUCCCAAAACUAAUCUUCAUCUCGUCAAAGCACGUGGCUACGACGACCUGUUGGCGUUCGCAAAACAAAAUGGCUGGAGUUUUACACAAAAAUCUCUGGGAGACUGAUCCCGAGCUGUUCGACCUCAUCAAAAAGGAGAAACAUCGUCAGAAUUGUGGAUUGGAGAUGAUUGCAAGUGAGAAUUUCACAUCACUGAGUGUCCUCCAGUGUUUGAGUUCUUGUCUCCAUAAUAAAUACAGUGAGGGACUUCCAGGUGCUAGAUAUUAUGGUGGAAAUGAAUAUAUCGACCAGAUCGAGUGGUUGGCCCAGAAGAGAGCUCUAGCUGCCUACAGACUUGACCCCGAGUUAUGGGGCUGCAAUGUCCAGCCUUACUCUGGUAGUCCAGCAAACCUCGCUGUCUACACCGGUCUCAUUGAGCCUCAUGGCAGAAUUAUGGGACUGGAUCUGCCAGAUGGUGGCCACUUGACACAUGGCUUCUUCACCCAGAACAAAAAAAUCUCAGCGACUUCGAUAUUCUUCGAGUCGAUGCCCUACAAAGUAAACCCAGAGACUGGAUUAAUCGAUUACAAUAAACUAUCAGAGAACGCAAAACUCUUCAAGCCAAAAAUCAUAAUUGCCGGAGUCUCCUGCUACAGCAGAUGCCUCGACUACAAGCGAUUCCGAGAGAUUGCUGAUGAGAACAACGCCUACCUCUUCGCCGACAUGGCGCACAUUUCCGGAUUGGUCGCAGCUGGGGUGAUUCCAAGUCCCUUUGACCACUGCGACGUCGUCAGCACAACUACCCACAAGACCCUGAGGGGUCCUCGCGCAGGAGUCAUCUUCUUCCGAAAGGGAGUCAGAAGCAUCGGCAAAAACGGUGAAAAGAUAAUGUACGACCUUGAGAGUAAGAUCAAUGCUGCAGUGUUCCCGGGGCUCCAGGGUGGGCCCCACAAUCACCAAAUAGCUGGCAUUGCAACAGCUAUGAAACAAGCCCAGCUGCCAGAGUUCAUUGAUUACCAGAAGCAGGUGGUGAAGAAUGCGCAGAAGCUGUGCGAGAGUCUCAAAGCACGUGGCUACAAGAUCACCACUGGUGGGACUGAUGUGCAUCUGCUUCUAGUCGACCUCAGGAACACUGGGGUCACUGGAUCCAAGGCUGAGAGGAUCCUGGAGGACAUCUCGAUUGCUUGUAAUAAGAACACAGUGCCUGGGGACAAAAGUGCCUUCAAUCCCAGCGGAAUUAGACUGGGAAUGCCUGCAUUGACGACUAGGGGAAUUACGGAGGAACACGUGGAUGACAUUGCUGACUUCAUUCAUAGAGGACUCGAAUUAUCAAAAGAAGUGACAGCAAAGUCUGGCCCCAAGCUCGUGGACUUCAGAUCAGUCCUGGAGACCGACCCAGAAAUCAAAUCGAAAGUCAAGGCCCUCCGUGAUGAGGUCGAAAGUUACUCUCGAAAGUUCCCAAUGCCUGGGUACGAUGAAUACUGAAAAACAAGACUGCACCAACGCAGUUGUUUCCACACAUCCGUUAAGCAAUUACCAACCUUGUUCAUCCCUCUGAUAAUAUUAUCAGCAUUACGCAACAUUCACCGUAUGUAUUUAAAGAAUCAACACAUGGUAUUUCUAUUUUUAUACAGAAAGUGUAUGAAAGAAAAAUAAACAUUUUUGUAAAAUGA